AUGCUUGAUAUCUCAAGACAUUUUAUCGGAACGGAGGACAUCGAGGACCUGCGAUAUGAAAGCCAUAGCUGGGAAGACGAAAAGAAGUGCGACUCGGGGUCUGAACCCGGCGAGACGAUGAGCAGCAUCCGCAAGACACGAGUGAGACAUCAACCUGAGGAGGUGAGACUGAGAAUCAACAGCAGAGAACGACAGCGAAUGCACGACCUCAACUCGGCUUUGGAUUCUCUUCGAAAGGUGGUCCCCUACUCGCAGGGGCGGGCUGUGAAGAAGCUGUCCAAGAUGACGACACUGCUGCUGGCGCGCAACCACAUCGUCAGCCUGACGCGCACGCUGGAGGACAUGCGCCGCCUGCUGCAGGAAGUGACGACAGCUCUCCCCGGCCCCUUGCUGUCCUUGCGGCCAUACCGUCCAUCUUGGACAGGUCUGACGUCACCAACAGCUCCCACUGCAGCCACUGCACUUCCGCUGCUCCACCCUGGGUUGUUCGUCACUGCACCGACGACAGCAGCACGUUGUCCGCACGUGACUCAUUUUCUGGACACGCCUUUCCUGACCUGCUUGUGUAAAGUAUGUCAGAGCAUGCGAUAACGCCCACCUCCACCUCCACCUCCAUCCCCAACAGAUUCCAGAGGCUGCAAGAACUAAAUCACCUCUCCUCCAUGGGACAGAGCUGUGUGAUGCUCUGGUCCUCGUUUUUAACCCUCCCAGCUUCUGUCCAGCAAAAUAAAAGAUGUGAGGCAGGGGGAUACAAUGAAGCCUCGCUAUCAACGUCAGGAGGAUCUUUGAACUGCUGCCAUCUUGGGUGUGACAUAUUAACUUGUUCGGAGCGUUUACACAUAUAUUUGAAUUACCUCGACUUAUGACA